AGUUUACGAUAUAAACUGGCCCAGUGAAGUGUCUCCCUGAGGAAAAGCAACAAUGAAAGGAUUCGAAGUUCUAUUUUUGGUGGCAACUUCCGGUCUUCUGGCUCAGGCAAGACCAGAAGACCUCCAUUCCCUUAACAUUCUGGUGCCUGUUGACCCAAGACACACUGCGGAAGACUGGAACACUAUCAUGGGGGCACGUACACCAAGCCCCAAACAUCUCCCUGGAUUCAGUAAUGUCAUCAAACCCCAAACAGAUUUCACUGGAAAAAUCCACGUGUUUGAUGCAGAGCCUCAUAUCACCAAUGGCUACACUGCGACGCAUGGCCAAUUCCCCUGGCAGGUGGCCAUUAUAAUUGACAACUCUUAUUUCUGUGGUGGCUCCCUCAUUUCUGAUGACUGGGUUCUUACUGCGGCACACUGUGCUAUCAAUUUUACUUCAUUUGACGUGACACUGGGGAGCAGCCAAGUGGAUAUUCUCAGUCCUGGCUCUCGAACACUCCAAUCAAGAACUAGUUUCAUUCAUGAAGAAUAUGAUUCAUCCCGCAUCAACAACGAUAUUGCUCUCAUCAAGCUACCCCAGAUGAUAGACUUUACCCUUUAUAUCCUCCCGGCAAGACUGCCUUCUCGCGCUCAAGUCAAUGACACCUUAGUUGGUGAAACUCUUCGGUGCAGUGGGUGGGGAAUAAUUUGUGAUGACUGUUCAGAAAUUUCCAGUACACUCCAGUAUGUAGAUUUGUCAGUAAUAACCAAUAGUGUAUGCCAAGAAGUUUUUGGCGAACUCAUAACAGACACCAAGAUAUGUGUCUCAACAGGUGAUUUGAAAAGCCCUUGUAAUGGUGACAGUGGGGGCCCAUUGGUAUUCCAGGAAGAUGAUGGUCGUUACACUGAAGUUGGCAUUGUGUCUUUUGGUCAUAUACUUGGCUGUGAGAGGGGGUACCCUGUUGCUUUCACCAGAAUCACCAGUUAUCUGGAUUGGAUUGAGGAAAAAACUGGUAUUCAAAUACACUCUUUCGUCCUCACUGUAGAGCUUGCAACCAGUUACAUCAGCCCUGUGAGACUGCCAUCUCGGUCCUUCACAUCUGACCUCACUGGUGAACGUACCCGAGUCAGUGGAUGGGGCAAAACUUCUGACAGUUCCAGCACUGUUAGCAGUACCCUUAACUAUGUAGACCUCACAGUUAUCUCCAAUACUGAAUGUGCCAACACUUAUGGGAAUAUCAUAACACUUACCAAAGUCUGCACUGAAACUCCCAAUGGCCAGAGCACAUGUAAUGGUGACAGUGGUGGCCCACUCACAUAUCUGGAGAGUGACGGUCGCUAUACUGAGGUCGGUAUUGUGUCAUUCGGUUCAUCGGCUGGUUGCCAGAGGGGAUAUCCUGCUGCCUUUACCAGGGUCACCAGCUACCUUGACUGGAUUGAAUCAAAUACUGGCAUUGCCCUUUAAUGUGAAACACAGCAAUGAACCACAUUCAUUCAGACAGUAACACUGGUUUGAUUUUGUAUCUACAUUGUUAUGAAUUAACGACAAGCACUAGAAAACAAACAAGUGUGUAAUAAUUUUGUGUGUCAAUAAAAGCUCUAAUAUAUAA